UUUUCUGUGCGACUGAAGGACAGCCCAGUGCCGCCAAAUAUAGAUUUCCCUGCCUUGGCUCUCCCAGGUGUGGUGGUGACAGGUUUUCCUGGUGAGCAUUUGUGUAAGCAGCUGGGGAAUUCCAGCUUUGAAAUGCCAAGCUCAAAGUAUCAGCUCAACAUCUCUUUUCCGGCUACUGGCUGCCAGAAGCUCAUUGAAGUAGACGAUGAGCGUAAGCUCAGGACGUUUUAUGAAAAACGAAUGGCCACGGAGGUGCUGGCUGAUUCCCUUGGUGAGGAGUGGAAGGGAUACGUUGUCCGGAUAAGUGGUGGCAAUGACAAGCAAGGCUUCCCCAUGAAGCAGGGUGUCCUGACUCACGGACGUGUCCGCCUUCUGCUCAGCAAGGGCCAUUCCUGCUAUCGCCCCAGGAGAACUGGCGAGAGAAAGCGCAAGUCUGUCCGUGGCUGCAUUGUUGAUGCAAACUUGAGUGUCCUGAACUUGGUCAUAGUGAAAAAGGGUGAAAAAGACAUUCCGGGGCUGACUGACACAACUGUGCCCCGUCGUCUGGGUCCCAAGAGGGCCAGCAGGAUCCGCAAGCUGUUCAACCUCUCUAAGGAAGAUGACGUUCGCCAGUAUGUUGUGAGGAAGCCUCUGAACAAAGAGGGCAAGAAGCCCAGAACGAAAGCUCCCAAGAUCCAGCGACUGGUGACUCCUAGAGUGCUGCAGCAUAAGCGCAGGCGUAUCGCCCUGAAGAAGCAGCGCACUCAGAAGAACAAGGAGGAAGCUGCAGAGUAUGCGAAGCUGUUGGCCAAGAGAAUGAAGGAAGCCAAGGAGAAACGCCAGGAGCAGAUUGCCAAGAGGCGUCGGCUUUCUUCUUUGAGAGCUUCUACAUCCAAGUCUGAAUCAAGUCAGAAGUAAAGAUGUUAUGCACAAUACUAAAAAGACAUUUUACAUUUGAUUACCAAUAAACUCCUUCGGUGGUGAACUUCCA